CUGGAUUAUCAUAUUCAGUUUCAUCUCAACUCUUCAAACGCACAACAAUAACAAGAAGUAAAGCUCCCCUGCUAUUCCAGUAGCCCGGCCGAAGGAAAUUUGAGCAUGGCGGCGGCGAAGAAACCUCCCCAUGUCCUUAUGGUUCCGCACCCAGCACAGGGCCACAUCUUUUCUAUGCUUAAGUUGGCACAAAAGCUGGCGAACGAGCAUGGGAUCGCUGUGACGGUCGCCAACUUGGAGUUCAUCCACAGAAAGAUCGCCGAGCAGAGCUGUGGUACAGGGAUCAGGCUGAUUUCUGUUCCCGACGGGUUUGAAUCGCCGGGGGACGCGGACGAUUGGCUGAAGAUGGCAGAGUGCUUGGAGAAAGUAGUGCCCGUCCAGCUGCGGAAGCUACUGGAAAAGCAAAAGGAGUCGGCGGUGGGUUGUGAUGGCGAGGGUCACGACCAAGAGAUCAGUUGGGUCAUCGCCGAUGCCUUUGCUUCGGGAGCGUUCGUGGUAGCCACGGAAAUGGGGAUCAAAUCGGCCGCGCUGUGGACUGCCUCCAUGGACAACUUGGCCUUGUUGUUGCGGCUUCCGCAGCUGAUUGAAGCUGGUACUAUUGAUGAGAACGGAUUCUUGUUGAAUAAUCUUGAAUCAAUCUCCCUAUCAUAUGGAAUCCCUGCCUGGAAAAUUAAUGAGUUGACUUGGAACUCUCCUGGAGCGCCUGACGAUACUCAGAAAUUCCUUUUCACACGCUUUUACAUCAACGUGUCACGCUACUCUCACCUUUUCGGCUGCUUGCUUGUCAACUCAUUCCACGAAUUGGAGACGUCGGCCUGUCAAAUGUUUCCUGAUACCCUGCCAAUCGGUCCACUGGUAUCGGAGCCCGAUUCGAGACGACAUAAUAAUAAUAAUAAUAAUAAUGUCGUCGUCCCUGCCGGAAGCUUCUGGCAGCAGGAUUCGACUUGCGUGCCUUGGCUGGACGAGCAACCUCCAAACUCGGUGUUGUACGUCGCAUUUGGAAGCAUUACGGUGGUGAGCCAGCAGCAGUUCUCAGAGUUGGCGUUGGGCCUUGAAAUGACGGGCAAACCGUUCCUCUGGGUUAUCCGGCCAGAUUUCGUGAAGGGGUCAACAACUGAAUUUCCACAAGGAUUUUGGGAGAGGGUGGGUUGCAGAGGGAAGGUUGUGGGGUGGGCGAACCAAGAAGCUGUGCUUUCUCAUCCUGCCACCGCAUGUUUCGUAAGCCACUGUGGGUGGAACUCCACGCUAGAUGGGUUGUGUGCCGGAGUUCCAUUCUUGUGUUGGCCUUACUUUGUAGACCAAUUUCAUAACCGAGACUCCAUAUGUGAAGCUUGGAAGGUUGGCCUCAACCUGGAGGCUGAUGAUGAAACCAGGAUGGUGACCAGGUCUGAGAUAGCGAGCAAGGUGGGAAGACUUCUCUCUGAUGACACCAUAAGAUGCAAUUCACUCAGGCUUAGGGGAAGUGCAAGGGAUAGUGUGACAGAAGGUGGCUCUUCCUCCUUCAAUUUCGCAAGCUUCGUCCAUCGCCUAUGCUCACUCACUUGAUGCAUGUUCAGUUCGGAACUAGUUAGUUAAGGGUCGCUCCCACUUCUAUCCUUCCACCAAAUUAUUUCUUUGUUUUGUUUUUUCUAUUACUAAUGUUUAAAUUGUGGCUUUAAGACUGAAAGAGUAGUCGCGUUUUUGUUGUUUCAUAUAGCAGGGCAUUGUUUAUCUCCAAUGAAUGAAUGAAUGAAAACUGCAUGUGUUGUGCAUAC